UUUGCUGGCUCUCCCUUUCCUGCUUCUCUGAGUCAUUUGUCCCGCAGCCGCCGCCCAAUCUGCACCGAACCCGGAACAAGGAAUCGAGCCGGACACACGAAGCGCAGAAAACCGGGAGGUUUCAUCUAAUCAUGUUCCUGAUCAACCAGUAUAUGGGAGGAGGCCGCGGAGGUGGAUUCGGAGGUGGAGGUGGAGGCUUUAACGCAUCUGGAGUCCUGGGAGGACUUUUCAACGUCAUCAGUGAUGCUGCGGCAAACUACAGACCAGACCCUCCGCCUCCACGUAGUCACGUUUCCACCAUCGAAGCGAACGAGAGUGAAGAAGUGAGGCAGUUCCGGCGGCUCUUCAGCCAGCUGGCAGGAGAGGACAUGGAAGUCAGUCCCUCGGAGCUGAUGGGAAUCCUUAACAAAGUGGUUGCAAGACAUCAGGAUUUGAAGACCGAUGGCUUUAGUCUGGACUCGUGCCGCAGUAUGGUGGCCGUCAUGGAUAGUGACAGUACCGGAAAAUUGGGCUUUGAAGAGUUUAAGUAUUUGUGGAACAACAUCAAAAAAUGGCAGAAUAUAUACAAGAGAUACGACACAGAUCGCUCGGGGACCAUAGGCAGCAAUGAGCUUCCUGGAGCCUUCCAAUCAGCAGGUUUUCAGCUGAAUGGCCAGCUGUAUCAGAUGAUCAUUCGUCGUUAUUCUGAUGAGAAAGGAGAGAUGGAUUUCGAUAACUUUAUCUGCUGUCUGGUGCGACUGGACUCCAUGUUCCGUGCCUUUAAAGCCCUGGAUGAAGAUGGAGAUGGUCAGAUUAAAGUGACAAUUCAGGAGUGGCUCCAGUUAACCAUGUACUCGUAAGAUCUGGAAGGUCUUUGGAUACGGCGUUGUUUCCCCCUCUGUCUUUGAUGUUUAUGAGCCGGGGUUUCGUAUAUAUUGGACUGUUUUUUUCAGCUGUUGCAAGGCAGAGACUGCAUUGUCUAACAUUUUGGAUAUCUGGGAUUUGCUGCAAGUCACUGCUGCGCAGAAGCUGUUUGGGAACAUUUUGUCACAAACAUGUCAGGUCACAGGUAUAAAAAUAAAAGCCUUCAGCUCGA